AAUUUGCCGAAGAAUUUAAAAAAGAUGUUAAGAAAACCCCAACAAAAAAAACUUCGGGACGCACCCGACCAAUCAAGGAAGUAGUGGGUAAUGUUGAAAUUAUUACUAAGACUGUUCAUUUUAAUUAUAAAUAUGCUUUGCAAUUAAUGAAUGUCGACACAGGAAAAGAAUAUAAUCUUCCGCACUUUGUUCGCACCAUUGCUCAUGAAAUAGCCCACUGUCUUUUGCUUGACUAUGACCAGAAUUAUCUUAAUAUCGAUGACCCUCAUACUGAAAUGCACAGAGUAUUAACUGGAUCAUUAGAACUUUAUCUAUGA